CAGCUAGAGGAAAAGGAGGAGCUCUUAACUCGUACUUUAACGCUAUUCGAAACGCGGAAUUAUUAGUUCGGUUUAUCCGCCUUUUAUAUAACAAGAAAAACCAAUAUGGCUCGGCGGGUGGCUAUAAUCGGAGGAGGCGCCUCUGGACUGGCUUGCAUUAAAUGCUGCUUGGAUGAGGGUCUAGAGCCUGUGUGCUUUGAGAGCAGCGAUGACAUCGGAGGACUCUGGAGGUUUAAGGAGAAUCCCGAGUCAGACAGGGCCAGCAUCUACAAUUCACUGAUUAUCAACACCUCAAAGGAGAUGAUGUGUUUCAGUGAUUUUCCCAUCCCGGCUCAUUUCCCAAACUACAUGCACAAUUCCUACAUCAUGGAGUAUUUUCACAUGUAUGCAGACCACUUCCAGCUCAAACGGCACAUUCGCUUGCAGACAAAAGUUCUUCAUGUUACUCCAAGGCCAGACUUUGCACAGUCUGGUCAGUGGGACAUAGUGACCGAGGACAAGGACGGGAACAAAGAGAAACAUGUGUUUGAUGCUGUGCUAGUUUGCACUGGACACCACUGUCACCCCCAUCUUCCUCUAAAAGACUUCCCAGGAUUUGACACAUUCAAGGGUCAACACUUCCACAGCCGAGACUACAAAAUUCCAGAUACUUGGCGUGGCAAGAGAGUGGUUGUAAUUGGAAUUGGCAAUUCAGGAGGCGACAUUGCGGUGGAGCUUAGCAGGGUGACCAAGCAAGUUUUCCUGAGUACUAGGAGGGGGUCCUGGAUCCUAAAUCGUGUGGGAAAAAAUGGUUUUCCAUUGGACGUGGGCUUCAGCAGAGUAUUUCGAAUGCUCCAGAAAGUUUUACCUUUUGAGUAUGUCUGCAACAAGGGGGAGAAAUUACUCAAUGAAAAAUUUAACCAUGCGCUGUAUGGAGUGCAGCCUAAACACAGAUUGUUUAGCCAGCACCCCAUGGUAAAUGACGAUCUGCCAAACCGACUUCUGUCUGGCACCAUCCAGAUGAAGCCCAAUGUGUCUGAGUUCCGCAACUCCAGCGUGGUCUUUGAAGACGGCACCACUGAGGACAACAUUGACCUGGUUGUGUUUGCUACUGGCUACACUUUCUCAUUCUCGUUCUUGCCCAGUGAAGUGAUCUCAGUUAAUAAAAAUAAGACAUUGCUGUAUAAGUACAUGUUUCCAGCAGGCCUUGAAAAGCCUACACUGGCUGUGAUUGGCCUCAUCCAGCCACUGGGAGCCAUCAUGCCCAUCUCUGAGAUGCAGGCUCGCUGGGCCACACGAGUCUUCAAAGGCAUCAGUAAGCUUCCAGCACAAAGUGACAUGCGCAAAGAUAUCAAAGCAAAGGAGCAGUGUAUGGCUAAAAGGUAUGUAGCCUCCCAGAGACACACCAUCCAGGUGGACUACAUCCCCUAUAUGGAUGAGUUGGCUAAACAAAUUAAUGUGCGGCCCAAUCUCCUGUGGAUGCUCCUGACUGAUCCUGGUUUGGGUUGGAGAGUUCUGUUUGGUCCCUGCACCCCAUACCAGUUCCGACUGAAUGGGCCAGGCAAGUGGAAGGGAGCACGACAGGCCAUUUUCACCCAGUUGGAUCGUGUAGUCCAGCCACUGAAGACACGCCAGGUCGCUAAGCAGGAGUCGGGUCACUCCCACUUUUUUCUAUUCCUGUCUGUAUCUGCCGCUGCUCUGCUCUCAGCUGCCCUCUACGCCAGGGGCAGCCUGCCAGAUGUUUCUUCCUUCCUAGAGAGGUUAAAGUCUAAUCUGCCUUUGCCGAGGGUGAUGCAAUGAUUUGCUUUAAAACACCUCAGUCAUUUUUUUGUCUCCUAUAGACUAAAUAUUUGGUAAAAGCUUCAAUUAUUAGCUUGAUCAGAGAUCUUCAAAUUAUUAGAGAAUACUUUGGUACCUAUACAUUCAAAUCUAGAAGCUAGGCUAAAUAAGUGAGCUAUGUUAGUUGUAAGCAAAAUAGUAUUACUAAUGCUGCAUUUGACAACCAUUAAACAUCUUUUUUUAAUUAUUAAAGCAAUAAGCCACGAGAGGCCGUACGUUACUGUGAUUUUAGCACGGGGAUGACGUUUUUGGCACGACGCGAAGCGGAGUGCCUAAAACUUCUUUCCCCGUGCUAAAAUCAUAACAGUAAUGCACGGUCUCGAGUGGCUUAUUGCUUUUAUAAAACGGCGGUCAACAUAAAAUAUAAUAAAUACAACAAUGUUUAAUCAUAAAUGUAUUUAUUGUGUAUAAAUUUACAAUAAAGCAUUCUUCCGCGACGCAAGGUAAUCCGAUUAACAGUGUUGCUAGGCAACGUGAGGGCGAAAAUAACAUUAACUUUCUCUAUUCAGUGGCGUAUUAAUAUGGAAUGAUGUGAGGUGGUCCUAGGUGUGUGUUUAUCGGGGAUUUUACAACGGCUUCGAACGCGGCUCAGCCAAUCAGAUUUUAGGACCGGAACUAUCCGUUUUAUAAUAGAAUUUAUACUCUAGAUGUAAAAAAAUGCUGUUUACCUAUCAAAAAUGAAAGCUAGUAUAUUAGCUGUUUACUACCUGACUAAUGCUAGCUACAUAAAACUACAGUUAUUAUGGUAUUACUGAGUGCUUACAGUGCUUACAGUGCAAGUACUUAUGAUUAAUAUAUAACUGUCCACAUCAAGCACUUGUUACAUCACUGAAGGUUUAAAGGCUGACAUGCAGAAAAUUACCUAAAAUGUUGGAGUUUUUUUGUCCAUGUGAUCAGAAAGAAACUUUUAAGAUGGUGACUUAAAAGGACACUAGGCAGGAAUACCCUAAAUAGGGUGCCAAUCCAUCCCAGGGCUUUGGGGUUUUGGACCCCCACCCACUGCAGCACCCGAUUGCGAUGAUAUUGUGGCGCCGGCGAGCAGGAAGGCGAGCGUCGGGACCUCGAGUGAGCUGCCCUUGGCAGAUCUCUCAGUGGUUUAGGACGUACACUCAUACAUACACACAUACAUUCAUACAACAGACAAACAUAUAAGCUACCUAUCCAGCUCUCACCGCAGCCACCCAGUCUGCCACACUGGGAUACACGCUGACGGUAAGCCUGGAUACCACGGCUCCUCCCACUGACGCUACACUGCCCCCUCCCCAAAGGUCAACCGUCCCGGUGACCUACUCACCAGCGACCACUGGGUGGCUCCAUGUCCGGACCUCACCCCAUUACACUGCCGAGCCGCUGUUUCAACACCCCUGCUGCACCUGGCUUUCCAUGCCCUCGCAACAACCCCGGGGCCAGCGCACUCAGACAGAUCGGGCAUAUUGGCCCACCGAACCACCAGAGCCACCCAGACAUCACAAUCCCACUUCUGACACCAAUGUGGCGCCGGCGAGCAGGAAGGCGAGCGUCGGGACCUCGAGUGAGCUGCCCUUGGCAGAUCUCUCAGUGGUUUAGGACGUACACUCAUACAUACACACAUACAUUCAUACAACAGACAAACAUAUAAGCUACCUAUCCAGCUCUCACCGCAGCCACCCAGUCUGCCACACUGGGAUACACGCUGACGGUAAGCCUGGAUACCACGGCUCCUCCCACUGACGCUACAAUAUACUUGUCCUAUAAAAAUGCAGAUAUACUAUAAGAUAGUAUGUUUGUACUGGGUUCUUUUUUUUAAUUGCUGAGAAACACAAUUUUGUGGCUAGGCUAGAUUCAUUUGCAGUUAAUUAUCGAACAUUUAUGAAUUCAUUGGGUGUGUUCGAAAACCUAGGGAGCUGCCUUGCUGUCUUACUGUCUACAUAGGCAGCUGACUUAGUAGAGAGGAUUCUAAUAACUCAGUGACUUAUAAGGCAGGUUAUUCGAACGCACUACUUAGAUAGCGAUUCCAUCGGGUUUAGCAUUUCGCGUUUAGCAUUUAGCAUCUCGCCAUUAAAACCAAUAAACUGAGGUAGCACAGCACGCUAACGUCAAUAACAUCUCUCUUCAUGUACCGAUAACGGUUAAAUUUCCUGACAAGCCCGAACUUGCAAAUAAAAACACUCAGUACAAGUUUAUACAAGUUAAAAAUCAGUAAUAUUUUAUUUACGUUUGAAAAUAACAUUGAAAUAAUAAGAUGCCUCAGAAGUGUGGAUUUUAAGGCAUCUAGGAUUUCGAACAGCCUCCUUCUCGGGAGCGCGCACAGGAUGACGUAAAAUGCUGCCUAUGUAGACAGCACACUAGCUUUUCGAACACACCCAUUGUGUCAAAAACCGAAGUAUUUCAUUGGUAGUGUCAAACAAUUGGGUACGGUAGUACAGUGGUACCUUGAAACUUAACGUCAGUUGGUUCUGGGACUGGUGUUGGGUUUAAAAUGCAUUAAGUUCCAAGGUAUUUUUCCCAUAAGGAUAUUUGGGAAACCUGUUAAUGCAUUUCAUGGUCCUGUGAACUUGCGUUUUUUAGGCUUAUGUAGGCUUAUGUAAAAUAAUGGGGUUGUUUUUGACACUUGUACACUGAAAAUAAUACAAAUAUAAUAUAAAAACACAUAAAUAAUUUCUCAGAACCCCGGGCUGUAACACAAGUUUAAAAGAGAAACAGUGAGAAAAAUCCAGCUAAACACAGAUACAUGUGGAGCUUUCAGAGUGAAUCUGAUGGUUAUUCCACACAAAUGCAGAAUCGUCUCAUGUGC